GGAAUAUCAAUAUCCUAAGCGGCGUCGUUUAGAUGCCUAAGCCAUAAACAGAGAAGCGAACAUUAAAGAAGAUGAAAACCCAAACCUAAAACCCUGAAAAAUCCUAGUCGAACAGAAUGAAAUAGAAGCAGAGAUAAAGAGAGCAACGCAGAUGUUUGCUGUAAGGAAACUUUACAGCCAUAACUUCAAGACCCUCUCUUCUCAACUUCUAUCCAAUCCCAACAGAAAUGCUUUGUUAGUAAAGAAUGUUAGUCCGAAGCUCACUCGUACCCAACUUAUGCAACCGAGUAUUAGUGAUGAAGAUAGGUUUUGCUCGUACUUACCAUUGAACCAUUCUUUUUAUAAUGGUACGCGCCGCUGGAUGUCUACUCCAAGAGGGAGGAGUAUGAGAAGUAAAGUGGAGCAAAGGAUGCAAAAAGAGUCCAGUAAAACCGUUAGAGAGAUUCGGAGGGCCAAGAAGUUGAAGAAGAAAUUGAUGACUGAUGAGGAGAGAAUGAUUUACAAUCUCAAAAGAGCUAAGAAAAAAGUUGCACUCCUUUUACAAAAGCUUAAGAAAUAUGAGUUGCCUGACCUGCCACCUCCUUUGCAUGAUCCUGAGCUGUUUACACCUGAGCAAAUUCAGGCAUAUAAGAAGAUCGGGUUUAGAAAUAAAAAUUAUGUUCCUGUCGGUGUUCGUGGAGUAUUUGGAGGUGUUGUUCAGAAUAUGCAUCUUCACUGGAAGUUUCAUGAGACUGUGCAAGUAUGCUGUGACAACUUUCCCAAAGAAAAAAUAAAGGAAAUGGCUACUAUGCUAGCAAGAUUGAGUGGGGGAAUUGUGAUAAACACUCAUAAUGUGAAAACAAUCAUAAUGUUCCGAGGAAGAAACUAUCGGCAGCCCAAAAAUUUGAUACCAAUAAAUACCCUUACAAAAAGAAAGGCACUAUUUAAAGCCAGAUUUGAGCAAGCUCUUGAAUCUCAGAAGUUGAACAUUAAAAAAAUAGAACAGCAACUUCGGAGAAUGGGCGUAAAUCCUGAGGAUCCAGUUGCCAUGGCUAGCAUCCAGAGAGUAGCCUCCACUUUUUUCAAUGCUAUUGACAAGAAGGAAGGCAGCCCUUAUGUCUUCCAAGGCGACAUACAGCCGGUAGCACAGCCCACUGAUGACUUAAAUCUUCCAGAUCCUGGUGAAAGUGACCAGGAGGAGCUGGACAAGUUUAUAGCUGAAAUAGAGGAUGCAGCAGAUAAAGAAUGGGCUGAGGAAGAAGCUAAAGAACAAGAGGAAUUUGGCAAGAUAAGGUAUUGGAACAAAGAGGAAUAUGGUGGAAGGGUUCGAAGAUCAGAAAUGUAUAGAAAUGAAAUUUCUGAUGGUGAGGAAAGAGGGGCAAGGCGGUGGAAAGAUGCGCAUGACACGCGGAGGAAUUCUGAUCGAGACAAUGAUAGUGACAUGUCUGAUGGUGGCGAUCAGUGGGACUCUGGAGAUGUUGGAAAUGUUCAUAAAUUUGAGAGUGAUGCUGAUGACUCUUCUGAUGAAGUUCAUAGUGCACAAAGUAGAUACAGAGGUGUGCAGAGGCAGCGGGAUGGGAUUGGUAGGGACAUUGGUAGGGACUAUAAUGAUAAGAAUAUCAGCAGACGGAAUCCAGUAAUUAAAUUUCAAAGGGAGGUGGUUGAAGAAAAGUCGGAAUCAGAGGAGAUGUUGAGCGACCUUGAUAAUGCGAUGUGGGAAUCAAGUUCUGAGGAAGAAGGUGAAGCAAGAGCACCAAGAGUGGAGGCAAGUCAUAAAUUAGAAGAUAUAUCGGGAGAUCAAGAUAGUCAAAAGUUGGAAUCAAAUUCUAGGCAACAGUAUGACUUAAAUGCAUCACGUAAAAAAUCUAGUCAUGAUUUCAGGAGCAGCAGAAAUGAGAAGAUGGGAUUUAAUGCUAUUAGGAGUGAUGCAGAGGAAAAUGAUAAAUUGCCCCAUGAGUUUAAUAUAUCUAGACAUGCGGAGCAGGAAAGGACCCGCUCUUCCUUUAGAACUUCUGAAGAUAACAUUAGGCAAAGAAUAACUCAGGAAGAUUCAGGGUCAGAGAAUAUGAUUAGUGACUCAGAAGUUGCUGAAUGGGAAUCAGAAACAGACGUCGAAGAAGACUCGAGAGCUGGCAAUGAAUGGAAACAUGAUUAUGGGGAUAGUGGUGAAACUGAAGAUUACCAGCACAAGCAAUGUGAGACGAACGAAGUAAAUUAUAAAAAGAAGACACAAAAAGAGGUGGAUGAGGAUUGGGAUAGCGAUUAGCUGAGAGGAGCUGCAUUGCUUCCAUGUCGACGCAAGUCAAGGUAACUAAAUUUUCUUUCGAUCAAUCAAAGCAGAAUCUAUGGUACUUAACAUUGACGGUGGUUAAGAAAGGAUUGCGUACUUGUACCUUUCUGAUAAGAAAACAACACAUUACUUGAAGCACUCUGUACAAAAAAGCAAUUUUGCUUCUGCAAAUUCAUUUGUUGCCCUGUGUUGUGUUGGUGUUGAAUUACUGUUCUUUUCCAUGGGGAAAUCCAUGGUCUGUGUAAACAUAAUUGAGGAUAAAUUUCUAUCUAUUUAGGGCAUAAUUUGCCGUUCUUUAA